CCAAGAUUAACCGCCGGUCGGGUCGUAAUCGUGACACCAGCCAGUGUCCCGUGACGGCUUUCUACUCAACUUCCAACUAAUGAGCCAGGACUAUCCGGUCUAGUCAACGCUUGGUACCUUGUCGGCCAGAGAAAGAAUGGCCCAGGACGGUUUUGUCCUUGUUUCUCGAGAAAGCCAGAUCACCAAGAAGAGCCACGCGGCGGCCAACACCGCCCCAACUCUCCAGCAUGAGGGCCCUCACGACCAUCUGGCUGAAAUUGCCUCAUUUGUCGACAGUCAGUCGGAGAAGCUGUGGCACUUGAACAAGUUCAUCCACAGUAAUCCUGAGCCGGCUUUUCAGGAGUUCAAGGCUCACGAAGCUCUCACCAAGUUUAUGCGCUCGCGGCCUGAGCGCUGGCAAGUGACGUCGUCUGCUUGCGGAAUCGAGACAGCAUGGAUAGCAGUCUACGAUAGCGGCAGAAAGGGACCGGCCGUCUCUUUCAAUGUCGAGAUGGAUGCCCUCCCCAAUCUUGGUCAUGCUUGUGGUCACAACCUUAUCGCCUCUGCUUCCCUCGCUGGAGCACUCGCGACGGCCCAUAUCAUAGAGAAGCACUCUUUGGCCGGAAAGGUUUAUGUCUUUGGCACCCCAGGAGAAGAAGGGUACCACGGGGGUAAAAUCCAGCUUCUCAACCGAGGUGCCUACGACAAGGUUGACAUCUCCCUCAUAUCUCACCCUUCCAUCUUGAAUAACUCGCCAUUCGUUCGAACCACAGCCUUCUGCCGACUUGAGGUGGAAUUCUUUGGCCGGGCAGCCCAUGCGGCCAAUGCUCCGUGGCAGGGAAUCAACGCUUUGGAUGCGCUGGUGGCGUCCUACAACUCCAUCUCGAUGUUGCGUCAACAGACGCAGCCGAGCGAUAUCAUCGGUUUUGCCAUUACCAACGGCGGAGGAGAUGCUACCAAUAUUAUCCACGCGUACUCGUCGGCUGUGUGCACGAUUCGAUCCUCGAGCGCGUCCCGUGUCGAUACGCUGGCUGACAAAGUCGGCGCGUGCUUCGGUGCCGGUGCUCAGGCUACUGGUUGCACUGUGGAGAUCAAGGUGAUCAAGGGAUACAAAGAUCAUGUCCCCAACAUGCAUUUGGCCGCUUCGUUUGCUGAACAUUGGAGCUCAAUGCCAGACCCGUAUCCCGUUGGGCCGGAAUUGCGGGCUCAUGAGAGAGGGUACACGUAUGUCAAGGCGAGCACCGAUCAGGGGGACAUCAGCCAUGCUUUGCCGUCGAUCAAUGUCAGUUUUGCGAUCCCUGCCGGGCCGGAAAAAGGUGGCCCUCAUAGUGCCGACUUUGAGAAGGCAGCGGGAACCAAGUGGGCUUUUGACCGAGCCUUGAGGGUGGGCAAGGGGAUGGCGGGUGUGGCUGUUGAUGUCCUGACGCGAGAUGGGUUUCUUGACACGGUGAAGGGAGAAUGGCGAGAGAGGUUUGGGGUUGAGAACAAACUCUGACGCGUGAAAGCUCUAAAGUCUUAUAGCUCUAUUUACUUUACGUUAGCUAAGUCAUGAAAAUACCUACGUUCAAUGCCAUAUCAUACCUUGCCUGAACGUUAUUGCUGCCAAAGGACUACCGUCCAGCCAGUGAUGCGGGCAAGGUGGGGGUCAUGCACAACUGAUUCCAGCUCGACGCGCUACCACGACGCGCCGCUUUGGUUAGUUGCGUGGCGCGUUUGCGAACCGCAAGUGCCAUAGAGUAACCAA